UGCGCGUAACCCUCCUGCUCUACGUGAUUUGUGUACGGCUCGUGGGUAGAUUCCCGCAUGCGUGGGAAAGACGCGCAGAAUUUAAAAUUUCCAGAAAGGAGUUUAGUUAGCUAGAGAAGAGAACACUGCUGCUUUACAGGGCGGUUUAAUACCGUAAAUAUUUAGUUAUUUAAAAAGUAGAGGAAACACUAAGACGUAAAUACUACACUUUAAUAUCGUUUUUUUACUAAGUAGACACUAGAGGCUUACGUCAGUGUUUAUUUAAAACAAAGUAUAAUUACGAAAAAUAACUACUUUUCCCGCACUGCAAUGGACCCCUUUGUUGAGAAAAUCGUGGAGCGCACACAUGCCCGACAGUUGGCUUUAGAAAAGAAGGCAGAGCAAAUUGGACAAGAGAAGAUGGGAAUGAUCCGGCAGCCAAUGAAGAGACUGAGAGACCUGCAGUCAGAGAGUGGGGACAAUAAGGAGGAGGUACACUCUGUAUCCCAAGACUCCUCAAAGAGGUGCUGUUAUGAAGUCGUGGGAGAUGAGAACCUGAACCCCAAGGAGAAGAUGCUGUCGCCCUCCAAGUCCUGUCGCCGCUUUGCAGAGAUGGAAGUGAAACCAGACACCCCGGCUUUAAUCUCUGUCAAGACACGCAUGAACAAACUGGCCACUCUGCGCAGGCAGUGGGACUCUCAAGAUGAUGCAGAUUGCCCUUCCCCUGUAUACUCCUCGAGUCACACCCCGGCUGCACUGCAGGUGAAGUUAGUUUCUAAGCCUGUCGUCUCCAAGGGACGAAUAGGCCGGCUGGCUGACCUGGCCUCUGCUAUUGGCUCAUGGGAGGAUGACUUCAGCACCCCAUCAAAAAAGUUUAACACUGGAAAGGAACUCCUGGUGGAAAGUGUGGUGCAACCAGUGCUGGAGUUUCCCUCCAAACAUGAAGAUUAUGAGGAUAUUCAAGGCCUCCCUGAUGAGGGAAAUGAGGAUUCUGAACUCCAACUCCGACAUAGUGUGACAGAUAGCAAUGCAUUUCGUUCGGUGCUUGAGAAGUUUGAGUCAAACCCGAGGCAGGUGGAACCUUCGCCUGCGUCCCACAGACCCCGUUCACUCUCCUCCUCGACCCGUGCAAUCCAAGAGAGACUGCUCAAUGACACAACUCCCAGCCUAUCCAUGGCAAGCCUCCUCCGCAAGGAACGGGAAGAGGAGCUUUCUUUGGUAAGGAUGCAGCCUAACAAAGAAAAUCUCUGGCUCAGAAAGAAUGGUGCCGGGUCUGGCUUCAGGGAGACUAUUGGGGUUGUCUCUGGUGUAACUCGAAUAAUAAAACGGAUCAAGAGAAACCAAUGGCCACCUAAUAUUCUCUUAUAUCCAGUUGCUGAAACUGAAGAAUCUAAGGUUGGAAAACAGGAAACUCUGGAUAGCAGCAGCAAGUACCACUUGAACCAGUCUGUGGACAAGGUGGAGGUGUCCUCCAUCGAGGUGAAACUCUGCUCGUUUUCCGGUGAAAGUCUCCUAAUUUCAGAAGAUGGAGUUGACCCUGCAGGUGAAGUAGAAAAAGAGGAACUGACUGAAAAAGGAUUUCGGUCGCUCAAGAAAGUGACCUUCGCCCCGGAAACGGUUAUACACUUGCCAUGUGUUAAGUUGGAUUCUCAGGAGAGCGAGAUGGAAGAAGUUGACACAGUUUUAGGAGAAGAAUUAUCUUCCCAGGAGGAGGAGAUAAACAGCUCUGAGGUGAUCGAUCAGAUUUUUGAGGGACUGUUGGAUGAUGACGAGGAAGUGGAGGAGACGGAUAAGGAUGUUGAGAUGAAGAUGAAGGAAGUCACGGAGAUUGAGAGUAGAGAGGGCAGCAUGGAAACACAGCCAGAAAGUAAGGAGGAAAGUCUGGAAACUGAGAAGAUUGUGAUAUCGGAGCAAGACCAGCAAGAAGGGAACAUGUUAACAGAAAUGAAGGAGAGUGAAGAAUGGAAUAAUGUGGAUGAGAAAGAUGAUGAGCUAACUAUUCCUACCUCCAUUCUUUCUCCUCUUGCUAAAUCUGUGGAGGCUAUAGUCACACCAAUGAGGCUGGUGCUGUGUGACCUGGCUGAACCUAUACCAUUUUUCCAGGACCUCGGCCAAGAAAGUGAUGCCCACCCAGCAGAGGAGACUGCACCCAUGUACAGUAUUGAUGCCUACCGAACCUUGCGGCGCAGUGCUGCGUACCAGAGCGUGACCCCUGUGAACCGGAGGAAGGCCUUCGAACGGGCCUUGGGCAGUCUGUCUUUGAAUGUGAAGGAGAAGAUUAAGAUGCUGAAUGGAGAGAUUGGCACCCUCCAGACCAUCAUCCAGCAGGCAAGCCAGGCCUUGAACUGCUGCACUGAUGAGGAGCACGGGAAGGGCUCUCUGGAGGAGGCUGAAGCUGAGAAACUGCUGCUGGUGUCCUCGGAGAAGCGCCUGUCCCUUCUGUCUGAGCUGAGCCAUCUAAAGGGCAUGGGCUCGCAGCAGCAAGGGACAGAGCCUAGCACCAAGGAGCCCUGCAGGGGAACGCUCUCCAUCUCUAACCUGCGUCUGCCCCUGAAUGUGGAGUUUGUCAGCUCUGCACUCGCCAAGACAGGAAAGCCAAGCCACUAUUUCUUUGUUCUGAUCCGUUAUGGGUCCAGUAACAUAGUCUCCACCCCUCUGGCCACAGCUGUUGAUGCACAGAAGGGAGACACAAUUGCCUUUCCCACCUCCAUCACUUUGCAAGACAUUCACUCCAACUUUGAAAUUGAUGUAGAGGUCUACAGCCUGGCCAAGAUGGGGCAUUCCCUUACAUUUGAAAAAAGGCGACCUUCAAAAUCCAAGGUUACCCCCAAGAAGCUGCUCACAUCUAUGACUAAAUCCAGUAAUAACUCGCCAGCAGCCAACAUCCCUGCGGUGACGAAUACUGUUAGGACUAGUAACUUCUCAUUAGUGGGAUCACACAAAAUCACACUGGCCUCCCUGGGCAGGAACAAGUUCCUCCUGGAUAAGAUAAAGUUUGAUGGAAAAGUCAGGCAGUUGCUGGGAGAUGAGUUUCAAGAAAAGGUUCCGUUUCUGUCGCCACUCGAAGGAAACAUCCACCUGCGUCUGGAAUGCCAAAUCCACUCCACCAUUGAGCACAAGGGCUUCCUGACCAUGUUCGAAGAUGUCCAUGGAUUUGGAGCGUGGCACCGCCGCUGGUUCUCUUUCAAUGGGAAAUGUGUUUCCUACUGGAAUUACCCUGAUGAUGAAGGUAGCAAGGAGGCAAUAGGGUGCAUUAACCUGACCAACUGCACCAGCAAGGAGGUGGAGUCUGUGAAAAGAGAUUCUUGUGCCAGACCAAAUACAUUUGAGCUGAUCACUGCUAGACCGCAGCAGAAGGACAACCGAAAGACAGUCAGCCAAGUUCACAACACGGUUUUCUUCAAGAGCUGGUUUUCUGCCGACACCAAGGAAGAGCGUGCAGAGUGGAUGGAGAAGCUAAACCAAGCUCUGUUGAACCUGAGGACAUGGCAACCUGUUCUAUCAGAUCAGCGCCCCCAACAGGGAAGACAAGACGGCUCCUCCUUUAGCAGCAGCCGGGAGAGUGUUUUAUAGGAUUAAGGAGGGGCACUACAACAUUUUUAAAGAUUAUUACCCUUUACUUCAGUGCAGGAGAAAGUUGGUAAAGUCCUUGCUUAUUAUUAAAUCUCUUCCCUGCUGUUGCAGCAAAAAAUUCUCCAACCCAUAGGGACAGAGUUUUGUAGCCUGCAAAGAGAUUUGUAAACUGUUUGUUUUGUAAGUGCUGAUAAGUUUUAAUUGCACAUUUUUUUGUUUUAAAAGUUGUUCCUGUGGUGGUGUCAAACACUGAAAUGUGUUAACUAACUAAAUUGGAUAUCGUAUAUAAAAGAAACAACGUUAAUAUCCUUAA